AAUAAGCCUUUCUGAUUCUUCUUUUUAUUGUCUCUGCUCCGUGAUCCCUGAUUUAUCGGAAAGCGAAAACAGUAUAAAUAUAUAGAGAGAAAACGCUGAGCUUGUUAUUUCCUAAAUCCACUGAGCUCCCCUCCCCUACUCGGUGCACAGCUGGUACAAAGGACCGUCUACUACUUCAUACAUUAGCAGGGCACACGAGGACCAAAACAGGUCAUAAUAUCACGCUGUUCUGGGAACACCAGAAGAAUGUAGGGAGGAAGCCUUAAAUACUGCUGGGACUUCUGCUCCAUUGAAGAAAAAGUAAAACUGUGUUUUACAGUCUGGGAAGAAUAAUCAGUCAACUUUGGGCAAUGUAAAUCAAGAUAGCUGCUUCCUUCAAGGCCGACAUCAAAAGCUAUUAAGAAAAUUCUACAGGUACUAGCUACGGUGUUUGAAGAUUUUGAGGACAAGAUUUUGAGGACAAUGUGAAGGCAUUUGGAUGGGGUCAUCUCCGAAAAACUUUAUCAAAGCUCUCUUCCUUGUUCUCAUCUUUAUUAUCAUUUUAAUUAGUUACAAUUUCCACAAGAGUCAAAAACCCAAAGUUGUCACCACUGCCAAGCAUGUCCAUCUCACACCUAUGUAUCCCUACCUUAUAGAAGAGGACCAGAAAUGUGCAAAUGGACCUCCUUUCCUGCUGCUGCUUAUCCCUUCUAUUCCAGAAGAGACCCUAAAUAGAGAUGUCCUGAGGAGGACAUGGGCAAAUGAGACCUUAGUCAAUGGUGUUAAUGUAACAAGACUUUUUCUCUUAGGGAGACCAUCCAGUCAAGAAAUUCAGGAGAGCAUCAUAUUGGAGAGCUCCAAUUUUCAUGACAUAAUACAGCAAGAUUUUUUUGACUCCUACAACAAUCUCACGCUCAAGACAUUGAUGGGCAUUGAAUGGGUCAGUCGCAUAUGCCCAAAUGUGAGCUACGUUAUGAAAGUCGACUCUGACAUGUUCUUAAACCCUUGGUUUCUAGUGGAGAAGGUCUUGCAGCCUUCUAGUCCUGCCAAAGUGAAUUUUUAUACUGGGCUGCUGAUGCUUAACGCUUUACCCCAGAGAGACAAAAGCAGCAAGUGGUAUAUGCCAUUGUCACAGUACUCCAAAAAUGUUUAUCCACCAUAUUGCUCCGGCACUGGCUACAUCUUCUCUGGGGACCUGGCAGGAAGGAUAUACAAGAAAGCUAGUAGCUUCAACAUAUUCCCAUUUGAGGAUGUUUUUAUAGGAAUGUGCUUAGAAAGCAUUGGAAUUAAAGUCUCCAGACCAGCAGGAAAUUGGUUCAUGGGAGAUAAAAUUAAUUAUGACAGGUGCCAGUUUUCCAGUAUUGUCACAGUCCACCAUUUUAUGCCACAAGAGUUGCUGAAGCUCUGGCCUGAUUUCAUCAACUCCCUGGAGACUUGCAACAAGAAGGGGACAUAAUGGAGCUGUAAUAAAAAACAAUCUGAACUCCA